AUGCCCGGCACGCCCAGCCUGCUGCCUCCUCUGCUCGCCCUGCUGUGCCUCGGGCUGGCCCAGCCCAACCCCGACCCCGACGAGCCGUGGUGCCCCUACAAGGUGGGCGGCGAUGGCGCUGCGGCGGCGGCGGCGGGGGCGCGGCUGUGCUUCCGCCCGCCGGCCCGCGGCUUCCAGUGCUCGGCGCGGGGGUGCCGCGCCCACCGCUCCGCGGGCGGCGCGCUGGUGGCCAACGUGCUGCGGAACGGCAGCGUGCUGCUGCAGUGGGGCAUGCGGCACUGGGGGCCGCCGGCUCGCCCCGCCGCCGCCCUGCGCGGCUUCGCGCUCAACUGCUCCUGGGACGGCACCUACACGCGCUUCCCCUGCGACAGCGUGGAGCUGGGAGCCGCGUGUCGCGAUUACCUGCUGGCCGAGGCGCACGGCAGCGUGCGCUACCGCCUGUGCCUGCAGCCGCGCUUCGCCCCGCCGCGCCCCGCGCCGCCCGCGCAGUGCGUGGAGUUCCGCGUGGAGCCCGCGGCCAUGCGCGACAUCGUGGUGGCCAUGACGGCCGUGGGGGGAUCCAUCUGCGUGAUGCUCGUCUUCAUCUGCCUGCUCGUGGCCUACAUCACCGAGAACCUCAUGAGCCCCGCGCUCGCCCGCGGAGGGCACGCGGCGGCCGCUGCGCGCCGCGCGUAGUGCGGGAGGGGAUGGUGGUGAUGGUGGUGAUGAUGAUGAUGAUGGUGAUGCGGCGCCCGGCGCUCUCCGGCGAGGGAAGAGGUUUUCCAGACUGUUCUGGCAGCGCUGUGCCCACAUUUGCAGGAUGCGCGUUUCCAGCGGAGCUCGGAGCUCUCCUUCCUCCUGGGGUGGCUUCUCGGCCGGAGGCGUUCGUGGUGAACUCGCGGCAUCUCAGCGGAUCAAAAAACAAUAGCAGAGGUCCCCAAGUGCCAGAAAUCGUCUGUUUUUAAGGGCAAGCGGCAGAUCUUACCGAGGGCCUGUUUGAAAAGACUCUCCAGAGCACCCUUAUUUUAAGCCUAAAACCUCUUGGUCUUAGAGCCGUGCUUGAUUUUUUUCCUGAGGGGCAAAGUUGUUUAAAGUUCAGGAGGACUGACUGGUGGGACCACAAACCCCAUAGCUAAGCGUGUGUUUGAUGCAAAGCCCACUUAAUCUCGUGGUUUAGGCGGGUUUUGUAUUAGGCCUUUUGGUGGUCACAAAUUUUGGGGCCACUGUCCAAAAACCACGGGGGUUUUCUGGUCGAGGGUUUUCGACCAUCAACAUCCAACACCUGCUUUUCUCCCAUCAGAAUUGUGUUGUAGUUUCACGAAGAGUGCAGGUAAAGGGAUAAAUUGAAUAAGAAAACUCCAUUUCGUUGAGCGAGUAGGAACCAACCCUUAAUUAUAAGAUAGAAGUGAGCACCCCCUCGCCCCCUAAAAUCCCCUCCUUUAGCAAAGCAGCUGCACUAAGGUAGAAGCUUCUUGACCACAGAACUCACUGAUGUUGUAGCCGAGUGUUUUGAGCGUAGGAACACUCCCUGGUAACUCCUCACUUGAUGCUGUAGUGAAGUAAGGUUUUAGCCAUACUCUAGUACUGAUUCUAUUGUGCCUUAGUGCUGAGAAUUUGUCCCAUUUCUAUUGGUGUAGCUGUUCCUGUAGUCCUUGUAGUUUUAAGUGUGUCUCCCUCGUGUUCUCGUCUCUGGAAUUAGUGGUUGUUGGUUUGUCUGAUUGUUUUCUUUAAAAGAAAAAAACAAACAACCAACUUGGGCUGAGCAUUACUUGAAAUUUAAUAUAUACACAAAGUAGUUACCUUCAGAGAGGUAUUUAGUGAGGUAGUUUUUAGUACGUGUUGUUUGUAUGUAGUUAACUGCUGUAACAUGAAAAAAUUAAUUUAUUAUCACUUAGGAACUGUGCACUUAAAGCAAAAAAAAAAAAAAGAAAAGUAGGGGGAAGGCUUUUCUGUAAAGGGACUGUCAGGUUCGGUGUGAUCUGUUUGUGUCAAUGUUUAGCACUGGUGAACGACCUGUUUGCUUUUCCUUGUGAAAGUCGUUUGUGAAGUUUCAACUUGGUGGUAGAGGGUUAAUAUAGGAAAUGUGUGGAAUCCUUAAUAAUACCCAGUAUUUGUACUGAACAUUAUCCCCUC